AGGGGAAAGAAAAGAGGAGCGGCAUACAUUAUAAUAACACAGAUAUCAAGAAACCCUAGGAUUAAUUAUUGCCAGUUUCACAGUGAGGGCAAGCAAAUGUACAUUUUGUUUAGUUUGCCAAAACUGGGCGUCGCUGAUGGGCGACAUAGGAACGAGAAUGAGGAUAAGGUCGAGGAUAAAGUGGGAAAACAUAAGACACACACACAAGGAGCAGUAAAUAUAGAAAAAAAGAGAACAUCAUAAGUGAACAGAUAAACAAAGUUAUAAUUACAUUACAUUAUUAUUAAUAAAUAAUUAUUAUACACGAAAACUUAUGCAAAAGUGUACUAGGUAUAUAAAUAAAACAAAAAGAACAACUGGCAAGUUAAACAAAACCAAACAAAACAAAACAAAGAAAAGGAAAUGAUAAAAAGAAAAAGAAAACGAACAAAAAAAAGAAAAAAAUACAAACCACAAAGGUAAAAUUACAGAAAUGCAGAAAUAUAUAUUAUAUAUACUUUAUAGACAUUUAAACAUGAAAACAAAAUGCAAAGGAGAAAACUAAAAAAUAAAGUUGCAAAUAAUAAACUUUUACCAUAAAAAUAUUACUCACACCUUUGUUUAAUUCACACCACACCAAAUUCCAUCGUGCUGGCUACUCUGCAAAGCUGCCAGAGAGUUCGUUGGAUUUGAAUUGGAAAAAAGUGCGAUUUUUAAAUUCGUUCGGGCCAGCAAUUUGCAUAUUUGUUGUGCAAAAUCAGUCGCAAUGCCGCCGCCGCCGUCGCAGCCGUCGCGAAUUCUACGCGCCAAGGAUCAGGAUGCAGGAACUAACGAGGGUCUGCGAACUGAACAACAACAGCAUCCGUGGCAAGGUGGAGACAACAGCCACUCCCCCAGCAGACAGCAAUCUGGAGCCGCUGCUGCCCAUCAAGCUGGAGCAUGACCAUGAACUGGCGUCAUGGCGGCUGUCCACAACAGAUCAUGGCCACCUGCGCCACAGCCACACCACCCGACUGCUGUUGCAAGGAUCCGACGAUCCUUUGAUUUCGCAUGGCGCCUCCAACGAUGCCCACGACGAGGAUCAUCCCUUCAAGACACUGCUGGCCAGAAAGACGGCCAACCAGGAGCAGCAGCAACAGCAGCAACACAACGGCACAUGCAGCCUGCUCACCAAGCAGCAGCUAAAGGCCAACCUGUUGAUGGGGAACCGGAAGACACACAGGCCACAGCCCGCACCCCAGCUGCCAGCGCCGGAAGAGCCAACAGCUCCACUCACACAAAAGACACCGCGACUUGCUCCAAGUCAGAGCAGGUCCAAGAAGCGGACGAACUCCGCGGGAGCCAUGAAGCUGCGCUUCCAUCACCAGGCGCUGCCUGCGGAGUAUGCGGCCCACUACGAGGCUACCCAAGGUCGGCAGCCGACCAGACCCGUGCUACAGCCGCCGCCGCCGCCUCCUCCUAGCCAGGCGCACGAAAACGUGCGAAGCUGGCUGAGGAAGAUAGCCGAGAUCCAGCGCAGUGCAGAGCGCCAGCAACAGAAGCAGGCAUCCGCCAGGAAGGACUCUCCUAAUAUCCGCCCUACGCCUCCCGCCGGAGUGCCAGCCCCCACAAAGGCGCCAGAGGUGGCCCCAAAGCGGGGUGCACUGAAGUACGCAGAUCUUCCCUAUAUGGGGGAGCUCACCCUCGACAACUACAAGCCGCGACGCGGACGCAAACCGAAGAAGGCCGAUAUCUGCCACCUGAUCUACAAAAACUACGGCACCAUCGUGCCAGCAACAGCCGCCGUGAGCCUGCCAGUGAAUGCUCCUCUGCCUAAGAGUACCGUGCAUAGGGCCACGUCCAUGUCCACGUCCACGACAGUGAUACCGGAGGAGCCCCUGAAUCUCUGCCUGCGGGAUCAGAGCAGUGAUCGCUACUCCAUCUCCAGUGGGGACAGCGACAAGCCGACGCCGACGACAACGACAGCCACCACAGACUGCGGCAGCUCCUCCCAUCGAACGACGCCCCUGAGUGCUGUCAAACCGCUGACCUUGGAGCUGGUUGGGGGUCACGAUCAGCCCCUCGCCGCAUCCAAGCUACUGCUGCAGCCUGUGGGGCUCUACUACCAGCAGCUGAUGGAGUCCUGCAGUUUGGGAGGCUUGGCCGUGCCCGUGGAGACCAUCGAAAAAGACAACCAGCUCUCGCUGAAGAUACCCAUCCCGAGUGGGUUCUUUGCGAACGAGGCCAUGCCCCUGGCUCUGCGGAAGAGGAAACGCUCUGCUAUCUUUAUACCGCCCAUGCCUGCCGAGCACUCGUCAAGCCCCUCCACGGAGGUGAGCAUCUGUAAGUUCAAGUUCACGGGCGGGGCCAAGCCAACUCUGCAGGAGAAGAAGAUGCUAUCGGUGGACGCCGAGGGAAACUAUCGGUACUACAACGGCACCGGCGACAAGACUUUGCGGGGCUAUGAGUUCAUCUCCCGGGAUCAGCAGCAGCAACAGCAGCAGCAACAACAACAGCAGCAGCAGAAGCAACCACCAGGACAGGAGAAACUCUAUGUGGACAUACCACCACCAUCAACUGAUCUCAGUCUGGAGCUUCUCCAAAUACCACCAGUGUCGCCGCUCCUCUCCAGUGGCAAUAGCCUUGUGCCCGCACAACACAGUCCCGCCUUCAGCGUUCAGAGUCCGAUGGCCCCCGCCGUGUUUCCGAGCCUGCCGCCCGUCAAACCCUCGACUGAGAGCGAACGGAAGCGUCGGAGCUCGCGUCGGUCCAAGCAGCGGGAGAAGCUGGAAAAGACAUUCAAGGAAAAGGGCUUCCUCAUCCAGACCCAGCAGCUACAAUCUGCCGAAGGUGCCACCUACUGCAAGUUCAGGCAGCUCAAGAAGUUCACGCGCUACCUAUUCCGAAACUGGAAGGAUCACAUACCGGAUAGUGAUCUAGUCAAGCACCAGAGCGGUGGCAGGGAAGAUGACGGUGUCAUCGACAACCUGCUGGGGCUGGAGAGUCUGGCCAGCCAGGCCACAUGAGGCUGUCAACAGUUUUCGGAACCACACAAAGCACUGCCAAAGAUUUUUAGGUUUAAGACGAGACGAUUGCCGACUAUUCCGUCCAUGCAGGCUGCACCACAAGAUAAGGAUCCAUGAUCCACCAGCCACGCCUCCUAGUCGCUCAUCAGUUUUUCAUAGUGCCUAACGAUGUGUUAUUGUUAACAAAUAAAGUCAAUGUUUAACCUU